CAAAUAAUUCGAGGAGUGAAACGAUGAUCGUCACUUUGAUUGUCUUUCUUGUCAUUGGACUUCAAAUGGCACACCUUUCUCAAGUAUCUGGAAACAACGAAAAUGGAUUCUUAAAUCCAUUUGAUUUGUCUCAAUGGAGCGAAGAAAUCCUCCACCGUCAGUAUCAUCAUCACCACCACCAUCACCAUGGAAAUCGGGCGAGAAGAACCUUGGAAACCGAAAAAAUCUACCGCUGUGGAAGAAAACUCUACACUGAUGUGCUAUCAGCGUGCAACGGGCCAUGUGAACCGGGUACGGAACAGGAUCUCUCUAAGCUGUGCUGUGGAAACCAAUGUACUUUCGUUGAAAUCAGGAAAGCAUGCUGUGCCGACAAAUUGUAACCAGGAACCAACAAUCGUCUUCUCAAUUGGAUCUUCUAUAAAUAUGUCUUUCUUUCUUAUUCACCAUUUUCUUUAUAUUUAUUUUUUCAAAUCAUAAAACAUACGCAAACUUAUUUUUAAAAUAAACAUUUUCGGUUCA